UGCAUGUCUGUGCCGCUUAUCACACGCAGCUGCGUCACAUCACGUCGUCUGAUAGAUAUCUCGGUGCCAAACAAAGCUGGGGUUUACUUUUUUGGGGGGAGGAACACCAGCUGUAGGUGGGAUUUAAACGCGCGUUGAUCCGCGGCGCGUUCACACAGCAGCAGCAGCCGCACCCCGUGGUGCUUUGACCGGGGCGGAGAGGAGAGACGGAGACGGAGAUGCAGCCGCAGACGGGAAUCAUCGGCAGCGCGGUGGCUGCAGGCUGCGGCCUCUUCGCAGCGACCAUGAACUUCUUCACCGACAUGUUUCUGACUCCACCGCUGAAGGCAACGCUCAGAAGUUUGGAGGAGGCUGAGCUGAAAACUUUGAAAGGAGAAACACAGAUCGUGACGGCGAGGUCUCUGUGGGAGAGAUCCGGGGCCGUCAUCAUGGCAGUGCGGAGACCAGGGUGAUUUUUGUGCAGAGAGGAGGCCGCGGCGCUGUCCUCUCUGAAGCCCCAGCUGGAUGAGCUCGGGGUCCCUCUGUACGCGGUGGUGAAGGAGGACGUCGGCACCGAGGUCCAGAAUUUCCAACCAUACUUCAAGGGCGAGGUCUUCUUGGAUGAGAAGAGGCGCUUUUAUGGGCCCCGUGAGCGGAAGAUGGGUCUCCUCGCGUUCCUGCGUGUCGGGGUGUGGAUGAAUGGCCUGCGGGCCUUCAAGAAUGGCUUCAUGGGAAACGUUUUGGGAGAGGGCUUUGUCCUCGGUGGGGUCUUCGUCAUUGGGCGAGGACAGCAGGGAAUUCUUUUGGAGCACAGGGAGAUUGAAUUUGGAGAUAAAGUUAACACUGAAGAUGUCAUCCGAGCUGCCAGAAGAAUUUAAUCAGGACUUUAGAGGAAAUAUCGAAUGGACAGUUCACAACCUUUUGACAACCAAUGUCAUGUUAGACGUAGAAAAAUAAUCUUUGUAAAGUGCACAUUGGAGUUUAGUUUGUUGGUUUACAGAUCUCUGGGGAAACCAUGAUGCAUUUUGGGGUUUGACGGUGUAGUGAGGGGAGCAAAGUGUGUUAAUGAUGGUCUGUCUUUAAACUCAAAGAGGAAGCAGACCUGAUGCUUAACACUUUGCUUCCUCUACACUGUGAUUCUUUUUGUUUAUCGUAGGAGCCAAGAAACCUUUGACCAAUAAAACUCUGCUUUGUGCCUUA